CGAAUCUACGCCAGUGAACGGACGAGAUUGGUCUCCAGAUUCCACACGUACGAUGGGUUUGUUGUACGCAUAGGAUAUCACAUGCGGACGCACAGCAGCAGACGAUAUAUAUAUAGAGGAGCGGGAGGACCCGUCGAGACCGAGGCGGAGAAGAGGAAGGGAAAAGAAAGAAUAGAGGAAGGCGAAGACCCCUCCGUAAACCCUACCUCUUCUCGAUUCCUACCAUCUUCGGUCGACCUCCGGCUACCCGCUCGACGGCGGAUUGGAUCCAAUUGCGUCGCCGGAUGUCGCGGGAGGUUUUGUAGAAUGGGACUGGAGUCGUCCGGCGGGUCUCCUCGGCUGGAGAAUCGGGCGAUCGGCUCCUUUCGCUCUCUGCUUCGACCGAUCGGACGUUAGCGACGCGAUACACAUCGCUGGUGGAGUUAUGGAUGGGGGAGGGAUUGGAAAGAACAAGCCGCAAGCGUUCCGUCCUUAUGAAUCGUCGCAAUCUUCCUCCGGACCCUGUCUGGUUUUCGGCGAAUCUUGCGCGACUGCGAAACGAUCUCUAGUUGAAAAGCUAACCAAAGGCAUAGUUGAAACAUACUGCAAAUGCAACCCUGGUUUCAAGUACUCUAAUGCAUCGAACUGGAAGCGCUUCCUUACAAAUCCUUCUACUGGAGUAAAAAAUGAUGGCUAUGACAAUGCAUAUUCAGAUCUUAUUUUGUAUGUAAAUCUUGUAUUGUGUUCAGGCUCGAAACAGAGGUACAUUGUUAAAGACAUACUUGGCCAAGGUACAUUUGCUCAGGUUGCUAAAUGUUGGGACAUGGAGACCAACAAUUAUGUUGCCAUUAAGAUUAUCAAAAAUCAGCCUCAGUAUUAUCGACAUGGAGUAUUUGAAGUCCAUAUUCUGUCAAUGCUCAAUCAAAAGCUUGAUCCUGAUGAUGAGCAUCACAUUGUGCGCAUGCUUGACUAUUUUUUAUUUCAAAAUCAUCUUUGCAUUUCAUUUGAAAUGCUUGGGUCAAAUCUGUAUGAGCUAAUAAAAGAAAAAAAGCAUAAUGGAUUUACAUUGGAUGUCAUACAAGACUUGUGUAAGCAGAUCUUGGAUGCAUUAAUCAUCACAAGAUAUGCUGGUAUUAUCCAUUGUGAUUUGAAGCCAGAGAAUAUCCUUAUAUGUACAAGUGAGAAACCACCAAAAAUUAAAGUAAUUGAUUUUGGGUCGGCUUGCUUCAUGAGUAAGACAAUAUACACAUACAUUCAGAGUCGUUAUUACAGGUCUCCAGAAGUUCUCCUUGGCUACCCAUAUACAAUUGCCAUUGAUAUGUGGUCACUUGGGUGCAUUGUUGCUGAGUUGUACUUGGGUUUCCCUUUGUUUCCUGGGGAGUCACAAUUUGAUGUUCUAAAGAGGAUGACUGAAAUACUUGGUGAUCAGCCUCCUGAUAAUCUCCUUAGGAAUGCAACCAAGACAAAUAAUUUCUUUAAACAUGUUGGUAGCAUAAACCAGUUGGUGGAUGACCAGUCUGUCAAGAUAAACAGCAGCGCUUACCAAAUUCUAAAUGAAGAGGAAUUUGAAAUUAGGGGAUUAAAAAGGCCAAAGAUAGGAAAAAAAUAUUUCAGUUUUGUGAAACUUGAAGAUAUCGUUGCAGAAAAAGCUUACAGGAAAAACUUGCCAGAUGAACAAUUUGACAAAGAAAGUGCAAUGUGCUUGGCAUUGAUUGAUUUCUUAAGGGGCCUUCUUGAGUUUGAUCCUGCCAAACGAUGGUCACCUUUGCAGGCUUCACACCAUCCAUUUGUUACUAGAGAACCCUUUUUGUUCCUUUACAAACCUCUUCCAGAGACUCCACUCACUCCAGUUUCUCAUGCUCUUCAAGUGGAACAUGAUCCGAGGCAAGGACACCAGCUAGCAGCUGGUCUCUCUCCAGAGGUUGCAAGUAUGAACAAAUAUCUUCCACAGAAUAGCUCUAAGGUUUUACUGGCGCCUUCAUCCUAUGAAAGUAGUUAUGGCAGCUCAGAAAGCCAUGGAAGCUAUAAUUAUAGUGCUAGUCUUGGAAGUGGUUGCAGAAGUUAUUCAUUAAAAAAUAGCAUGUUGGAUUACUCACCAGUCCAUUCUUCCCUUUUCCAAAGUGCUAAAACAGGGGGAUCUGUCCUUGGUGUUAGUGCGGAUGCUAGACAUGUUCCAUUCUGUCAUGGGAAUGGUUUUGGUGUAACUCCUAGUUACAAUUUCUGGCCAACGUCCCUAGGAGCCAGCCCCUCUCAAUUUACUUAUCCAAGCUUGAAAGUCCAAGAAUCAAAAAUGUUUCAAGGAGAGUAUGCUUGCCAUUCCCCAGCAGAAGGCAGCUUUCAUGAUUUUCCAUGGGGCAAAGCUUCUAAAUUUGUUAGAGAAGGCAAACAUGCCUAUAAUGGAUCGUUGGGUAUUCAACCUCAUGAAAAUUCAUUCAAGUACUAUCAUGGCCUUUGUGAUGAUGAGACGAGCUCUAGUUAUGAAGACUCAAAUCAUCAAAGAUUUGUAAGUUCUAGUACUUUUUCAGCCUUUCAUCAUUCUAACAACAGGACACAAGAAGUGUCAUGGGACAAGCCUGAAUCAAGUUACUUACCAUUUGGUCCUGGAGAUUGGGAUCCCAAUUAUAGUGAUGAAUCCUUGGUUCAAGGAGAUUGCUCUGAGAUCAAUUCUCUGGCUUUAGGGUUUGACAGUGUUAUCCGCCUUGGUUGCUCAAUCGAUUUGAGUAAUCAAACAAGUGGAAUUGGUACUUUCCCCUUGAACCAUCAACAGGCACUUGUGGGCUCAAAUUAUAUGUAUGCAGAUUCAAGGAAUCCCCCUGUUAUUCAGGGCUUGCACGGUGGAUAUGCACAUCCGGUGUCUCUUCCACAUUCUGUAUCUCAAAAUGCACAAAACUCACCCAGGCAUUUUGGACAACAGUAUUUUCAGCAAUUUAAUCACCCGCAUACAAUGCAUACUCAUAAUCUGUGGAAUCAUCAGAAGGCGCAGGGGAGAUAGGUGGACUAUCAUUUGCAGCAAUAUUACACUAUUCCUGAACGGGACGGAGUGUUUCCGGCGGAAGAGAUGGCGCUGUCUGUCUGUCUGUCUCUUGCAACCGAUAUCGGAUGGUACUGGACACCCAGUUUGUGUUUGAAAGUAUAAUUUUUCUUUCCCGUACCUUUUUUUU